UGUCCUACAUGGUUUUAUGUCCGCUCUCAUUGCUUCAGGUCACUGAAGAUUUUAGUUUCGAAAGCUUGAAUUAACCGGAGUUUUAUUAUUAGCAGUAUUUACGUUCAGGACGUAAGCGUUUACGUUUACUGUUGCUGUGUGAAUAUAUAGGAUUAUUUCAGAUAACGUUACACGAUAAAGAAAAUGAGUUUAGUGAUGUAGGUUAACCAGUCCUAAAUGCUUUUUAAAAAAGACAGGUCAACAUCAAACCAGCUUUAACUGUAUGUAGAAUUCACUAAAUUGAUUAUUUUCUCUAGAUAAUUAUUAUUAAUAUUAUAUUGUAAGUGUGCGGUCCGUUGAAAGGUGCAGUCUGAAUCAAUAAUAGUGAAAGAUAGGGAUAAGUCUCUUUGCAUCCACUCGUUGCAAAGAGAAGAAAUACAGCCAGUAAUCUGGUACUACAGUGUCAUAAACUGGUCUUGUAGUCCAAACCGUACUGACUUUAUCUUCUCCAAGGCUACAUAUUACGUGGGCCCUUUACAUCAUGGAUAUAUAACUUUUCAACUGUGAAUUGGACUCGACUCCCACUCAUUUCUUGCAUAAAUGGAUGAUGACGCACCAGAUGAGGUGUUUACUGACCUCAGGACCAGACACCUUGGAGGUUGGGGGGUUGUGCAGAUAGCUGCUGGCACUGGGCUUGCUGUCUAUGCCAUGUGGGCUGGAGUCCUUCAGCCUGGCUUUCGGAGGGUGCCACUGAAGCUACAGGUCCCCUACAUCCCUGCCAGCAAAGCACAAGUAAAAAAUGUGAUGACUUUGGUGAGAGGUCGAACAGGAGAUCUAGUCGAUUUGGGAUCUGGUGAUGGUCGUAUUGUUUUGGAAGCCUAUCAGCAUGGCUUUAGCCCAGCUGUUGGCUAUGAGCUCAACCCCUGGCUUGUACGGCUAGCUCGCUUUCAUGCCUGGAGAGCAGGUUGCCACGGAAAAGUUUCAUACAGACAAGAAGAUCUCUGGAAGGUCGACUUGUCAAAAUGCAAGAAUGUCACAGUGUUUCUGGCUCCAAGUGUGCUGUCUUUAUUACAGAAGAAGUUGCAGGUUGAGCUUCCGGAUGAUGCCUUAGUAGUGGCCGGCCGUUUCCCCUUCCCAGACUGGAGCCCUUGCAGGCUUGAGGGGCAGGGAGUGGACAGGGCCUGGGCGUACAGCAUGCAAGCACAACGACAGCACACAAGUCAGAAAAAUGGAAACCUCAGGCCAACAGUGAAUGACUCCGAUGAUAAACUGGUUCAGGAAUAACGAUGGACUUUGAAGAUAAACUGAUGCACUUAUUCAGAAAGACAAAGGUUAAUCGGCUGACUUUGGGUUAACCAUUCUGAAGUAGUGAAGUUUUAGGACUCAGUUUGACAGUUUUUACAUUUUUAAAAAUUUAGUAUUUUAAAAAAUACUAAUUUUUUAAAUUGUGACAUCAGUUAAUCUUGACAAAGUUUUCAAUAUCACACUGUGGUUUAUUUAUACAGGUGCUCAAUUAAAACACUGGUAUAAAUGAGACAAAAUAAAACCCAUGGAAAAAAGACUUGUGCAGUGACCUUUGGCAUAUUGAUUGAGUUAUUGGAACAAAUUUUAGUAUAGAAAAACUACUAUGCUUGAAAUGUCCUACUUUCCGGGUGCACUGUAAGUAUCUUUACUGUCCUGUAGAACUGGAUUUAUAUUAUUCAUUUUUUGUUUGUUUGUUUUUUACUUGCCAUAUCUCAUAUUUUAGAUUGUUUUAAAACAAAAGCUGAUGAGCAAAAUUGCUCUUGCAUUUUUUACCUGCACCAUGAUAAAUAAAAAACCUUUAAUGUGUUCUAUAAGUUAUUGUUUUGCUGUUGAAACUGUACACCCAUAACUGAUGAUUAAAGGUGCUGCAUUGUGACUUAUAAUGUAGAUAAGUAUCAUACGUUGAUAUCAUAUUUUGAUUACAAUGCGAGCAAUGGAAACCAAGUUAAAUUUCUUGUUUGUAUCCACAAACCUGACAAAUAAAGUUGAUUCAGAUUCUUAUUUUCAUGAACAAAUACGGUUCACAGUGGUGCAUUGACUUUUAUAUUUAGCUUUAAUGUGUUUUUAUGUUUUACACACUUGUCUUUUGUGUAUUUUUUUCUGACAGAGAUAAUCUUUUUUAUGAAACAUACUGUAUUUAUUUUUUCCUAAGCUAUAAAUAAAAGUAUUGCUUAUUAUCUUUCUAUGGCUAAUAAAUUGCCCUUCAAUGCAGAA